AAUUAUUAAUUAAUCUCCCGAAUAUUUGGAAGCGUAAAGAAUGAAGGGGGAAGGUGCAACUUCCUACUAAAAACACAACAACAAAAACCCACUUCUUCUUAAACCCCUCCCUCUCUAAUCUAAUCUCAUCUCUAAUUUCAAGAGAAGUUUCCAAAAAAAAAAAAACAAAGUUCAAAUUAAAAAAUGAACACAAAAAACAGAAAGAAAGAAACGCGUUUGGAGUUAAUUUCCGUUAUGUGAAAUCAGAGCGGUUUUACGGUUCAUGCAUGUCACCACCGACCCCCCUCCAUCUCUUCCACCGAACGGUUAAAACCCACUCAUCAAAUCAAAACUCCCCUCUCUCUCCCAUUCGAAUCCAAAUUUCCAAUCUCUCUGUUCUUAUGAUCGCAUGACGACGAUGGGAGCGAUGAGCAGUGAGGAUCGCGUGACGGGGUCGUGGAACCCGCAGGAGGACGCCACCCUGAUCAAAUUGGUGGCUCAGCACGGCCCCAGCAACUGGUCCCUCAUCAGCACCGGCAUUCCCGGCCGCUCCGGCAAGUCCUGCCGCCUCCGCUGGUGCAACCAGCUCUGCCCCACCGUCCAGCACAAGCCCUUUUCGCCUCAGGAGGACUCCAUUAUAAUCCAGGCCCACGCCCUCCACGGAAACAAGUGGGCCACCAUCGCCCGCCUCCUUCCCGGCCGCACCGACAACGCCAUCAAGAACCACUGGAACUCCACUCUGCGGCGGUGGCGGCGCCAACUCGCCAAGUUGUCUUCCGAGUCGUCCUGUUCCGACUCGGCGGCCGCGCACGGGGAAGAGCCGGACUUGAAGCGGCAGUGCCUACGCGCGUCGCCGGAGCAUGAGAGUUUGAAGGCGGACGCGGGAGGGGAGGGAGUGAUAGUCAAGACGUCGCUGACGCUAUCGCCGCCUGGUGAGAAUGCGGAGAACGAUGUCGCUGUGAAAAGUGAGGAGGAAGAACACGAUCGCGAAGCGGUGGACAAUAACGACGAUGGGGAGAAAUGUGCGGUGGAGAUGGAUGAGACGUGUUUGCUGACGAUCAUGCAGCGGAUGAUAGCGCAGGAAGUCAGGAAUUACAUCUACGGCUUACGGCCCGAUGGUGGGCCCACAUUUGGACUGCACUCCGCGCAUCAAAACGAAAACGACGCGUAACGUCGAUUACUUGGAAGGUUUCAUUUUUCAAUAUUUUUCCUUUUUCUUUUAGUUUCUUCGGUUGGGUGAAAUUUCGGUUUCAAAAUCUUGGUGAACCUGGAAACCUCUCGUAUGCAGUGUAAUGCUUUUACUUGCGGGCACUAGAAAUACAAGAGAUUAAUAUGCCACAUUGAAAAGUACGAUGGGUUGAGACGUAACCACAUUGAAUAGAACAACAUAUUGGGGCGUAGCCACAUUGAAUAGAAUGCAUGUGAUGCACCACGCUCUAAUCCCGCAGAGGAAACCUAAUACUAAUAUGGAUUUAGAUGUGACGUAAACCGAAACUACGAGAACAAGCAUCUGCAUCGAUACAUAGAAACAGACCACGUCGGUUCCAAAAUGUUUUGAUACACAUACAGGAGACUUCGGUUGAUGAACAAUCAACCCAACAGAAACGCUAAAACAAGAACGUUCCAAACCUACGUUUUAGUUAACCACAUUUCCUGCACAAAACUACACAUCUCAUAGCAGAGUUCCGCUCUCAAAAUAUAACAACGCGGUGCUUUUGUUACAAAAAUUCCAGCUUAAUGCUUCAUUGAAAUCAAUCAACCUAUCCAAAAUUUAAAACCCUACACAGAAUGAACAUCCAAUGCGAAGCACACAUGUUCAUCGACAUUGGGGAUUCCAAAUUUUCGCCAUUGGGCGUGCCUAAACCAAAAACCCUGACCAAAUUAAGUUAGAUCAUUACCCAGAACAAUGGUGUCAACCAGUCAAUCAAAAGGGUAUCGGCUCCUAAACCCAACAGUGAACCCUAAACAGAUAAUUUCCCGUAACAUACCCCGCCUAUGUCAAACUCUUAAAACACAAAUGAAUGAAACAUUGCAUAGCGAAAUAUAAACAGAUUAACAUCAAAAUAUUCCAAAUCGCCACCGAUGCUAUAGGAUAUAAAAAUAAAUUAUCUGACUGAACUGAUUAAAGCAAAACUUGUUCCAAACGAUAACACAAAGCGUACAAAACGACUACAAGUUCACUAAUGGGGUACUGAUUACUUGAUUAGACAACAAAACAU